AUGGAUAGCCACGAAGGUGGCUCAAAGGCCACUUCUCACCACAAUGGCCUCGCCCCUGCAAACCCUCCCAGUAUCGAAGCAGCCUACAAGCGCAAAUGCAUAGAGUUGAAAAAGCGCCUGAACGAAGUCGAAGCGGCCAAUGACGCAAUGCGCAUUCGCAAUGCCCAGGGCCAUCGUUAUAUACAGAAAAUGCGCCUUGAAUCAUGCAUGCUUCUCGAGCGUCUGGCUGUCUUGACAGGAAUGGCCGAAGAGCAAGGUGUUAGCACUGAACUACGCGCGCGAACCGUGGCGCUGUUGAAAGAGAUGGAUCCCCAUUAUGCGCCAGCAGCUAAUGCGAAUCGCGGAGGCGGACGAGGGGAAGGUUCUUCAGGCGGGGUCAAGCGUGCGUCUUACGGAAUUGAUUACAUGGAUGACGGCACUGAAGGGAGCUCCGAGGGGCAUCCGCCAACUCCUCAGGAACGUCCUCUUCGAGUGAAACGCAGCCGUCGUGCUGACGACUCCACCUCGCAUCUUGAUACCCCAGACAAAGACAGUGACCUCAUGCAUUCCUCCACUCUUCCUCAGCUCCAGCCAGCCAGCCGGCCACGUUCCCCACCUUCAAAUCAUGAUAUGGACGGCCGUAUAAAGCCAUUCAAUGCAACAUCUGUCCCCAUGUCAUCUCCCUCAGCAGUAGACCAAUAUCCCCACCAAACUACCCUCGCGUCCUCCCCCACUAGUCGUCACCGCCACCAGGGUGGUGGCAACUAUGCCCAUGGCCCUUCGCCGGGUGGCUCCGAGCAGCGGCAUCAACAACAUUCUCGUCAUCGAUACGUAUCCGCGUUUGAGGACUUCACCAAUCGCACGCGUGAUAAAGUUCUCAAUGAUCUUGUCGAAGCUUACGGCCCCGAGACGAACAUCACUAAUGAGGAUAUCGAUCGUGCCCUUGCUGAUCAUUGGGAGUCGUUAGACCCGGCAACAAAGCGGGAGUAUGGAGACCGGCGAGAGAGUAGGGAUGGCUUGUAA